UACCAUCACUUCUUUUGCUCCACACCAAAUAUCAUAGGAUUAUUUUUUUAUAAAAAAAAAAAUAUAUUUUUUAUCUAGGUAGCACAAGAUGACUUCAAGUUCAAGAUUUAUUCUUCUUGUGCUUGUUGGUGCAUUUGUUUGUAGUAGCAUUGAUGCAAGGAAGCUUGGGAGUGAAAAUGGUUUAACCGAUGAGAAGAAUUUCUUUCAUCGGCCAGGGUUUGGUGGAGGAGCGGGAGGAGGUGGUGGAUUUGGUGGUGGUGGUGGAGGAGGAUUAGGCAGUGGUUUGGGAGGUGGAUUUGGUGCUGGUGGUGGAGGUGGAGCUGGAGGUGGAACUGGAGGUGGAGCUGGAGGUGGUUUUGGUGGUGGUGGCGGCGGUGGAUUUGGUGGAGGAGGUGGUGUUGGUGGAGGAUCAGGGUUUGGAGGAGGAUCUGGAUUCGGAAGUGGUGUCGGUAAUGGUGGUGGACUUGGAGGAGGUAGUGGAGGAGGAUUUGGAGGUGGUGGUGGUGGUGGACUUGGUGGUGGUGCCGGAGCUGGUGGAGGAUUUGGUGGUGGUGCCGGAGGUGGUGUUGGAGGUGGUGGAUUUCCAUGAAGGAAAUUAUAUUAAUGCUUGCUAUUGUGCAUGCUUUUGGUAUUAAUAACAUGUGACGUUAUGUGUUUACGUAGAAUUUCACUUGUAAUUUGCUUCAAGCAUAUUUUUCUUCUUUUUGUGUUUUUUUAAUUAUUCUCGUUCAAAUGGAAAUAAUUCCUAAGUUGAAUAUUUAUUAUAUUAUUGUUUUCUUCUUUA